UUUUUUUUUUUUGCCAGUCGUGGGAAACCAUCGCCCAGCGACGAGCCGACGGGGAGCGAGCAUCGAUGUACACCGAAGUACAGAGGGAACAACCAGACAGUGGGAAUAUCCUGACUCAUCCAGACUACAUAGAUGGGAACCCGGAUCUUAUCAAACCUAAAAAGCUCCUAAAUCCUGUAAAAGCCUCAAAGAGUCACCAAGAGCUGCACAGAGAGCUGCUGAUGAACCACAAAAGAGGCUUAGGAGUGGAGAGCAAGCCAGAGCUGCAGCGGGUGCUUGAGCACCAACGGCGAAACCAGCUCAUCAGACAGAAGAAGGAAGAGGAAGAGGCAAAGAAGUUGCAGUCGCCUUUUGAAAAAGAGCUCUUAAAGAGGCACCAGAGGCUGGAUCAGCUGGAGAAAGAGCAAGAGAAGCAAGACGACCAUGCACCAGAAUUCAUUAAAGUCAAAGAAAACCUGAGAAGAACGUCGACAGUGAGCGGGGAAGAGAAAGCAGUGUAGCUUCUGCCAAACCUCAAAAGGGAUCGUACCGAGGAUGGCGCUAACACAUGCAUGCUGACAUCUCUGUACAUGGUGAAUGUUCACAACCGUAUCUUUGGGGCUAUUUACUGUUACUAACGCUUGCUCCAGUAGAAUGCAUAAAAAAAGUUUUCGCAUCCCAGGAAGGUAUCAUAACAGAAAAGGUGCAGUAUUCACUAGAAGAAAUACUCACAUGAGAAGAUGCAGAGAGAAAUGAUGUCACUUUCCCCCCAAACUGUGGGUGCACGCUAACCUCCAGCUAGCUCUUGGUGACUCUUGAGACAACAGUGCAUGUUUAAGCCAGAGAAGCCUGCGGAGGGAUGAGCAUUGCCACAGGCUGGGAGAUUCCUGCCUCAGACCAGAGGAGGACUUGCUGAGCGCAGGGUAGCAGGAGGGCAGCUGCAGCUCUGAAGAGCCUCGUGGAAACCUUUAUGUGACAACCGAAAGGGGCAAUCUUGUUAUCACUGAGAACAGCCCAGGUGACCACAAUGGCUUUGCCACGGGUUACAGGUAUUGUACCACUACGCAAGUCAAGCCUCAUGGAUGUUGUGCAUCUCAGCAGCACAUCGCUAUUAUUAAACUGUUAGAAAUAUCAACCUCUGUGUCCCUACACCCAUUCAGUAUUGGCAGAUACGGUGCCACAGUUCUUCACAAGCAUCAGUUCAACCAAGUUUCAAACCUGUUUGAAUACAGUGAAUUAGCCAGUUCUGUGUGCAGGCAAAAAAUACGUUGGACUAUACCACAAAUGCUCCAAGUGAAAGGAAAAUGCUACAUGCAGAAAGCAAAGGCUGAGUGUUUUCAAUGUGAGUAUUCAUGGAACUGGCUCAAUGACCAGGUGGUAGAUCCAUGCAGAUGGGAAAGGUCAGAG